AUGAUUUGCUUGUGGUUCCUAUCUCUUCUUGCUUAUGGACUUACAAUACUGCAGGGGGUGAAUUGUUGGACAUACCAUUAUUCAGACACAAACAUGACCUACAGGGAAGCAGAGCUGUGGUGCAAAAAGAGGUAUACUAACAUGGUUGCCAUUCAGAAUAAGGAGGAAAUCAACUAUCUCAAUAACUUCUUACCCUUCAAUCCGGGUUACUACUGGAUUGGAAUCAGAAAAAUUAAUGAGGUAUGGACCUGGAUUGGAACUAACAAAGAACUAACAGAAGAGGCAAAAAACUGGGCUUCAGGUGAGCCAAAUGGCAAAGGGAACAACGAGGACUGCGUUGAAAUCUACAUCAAAAGAGGGAAGGAUGAUGGCAAAUGGAAUGAUGAGCAGUGUGAGAAAAAGAAGGUCGCCUUAUGCUACACAGCUUCUUGCAACCCAUCUCUCUGCAGUGGCCGUGGAGAAUGCAUAGAGACUAUUAACAAUCACACCUGCCAUUGUAACCCUGGAUUCUAUGGGCCUGAAUGCGAGUUUGUUGAGAGUUGUGAUCCACUAAAGAAACCUGAUCAUGGGAGCCUUAAGUGCAACCAUCCAUUGGAGAACUUCAGCUACAACUCAUCCUGCACAGUUCAGUGUGAGGAAGGCUAUGAACUGAGUGCACUGGAAUCUGUAUACUGUACCUCUUCUGGGGUCUGGUCUGGCCCCCUCGCAGCAUGCAAAGCUGUGACCUGUCCAGCCUUAGAAAUGCCUGAUCAUGGUGCUGUGAACUGCUCCCAUUCCUCUGUGGAGCUCAGCUGGGGUACCACCUGUGAGUUCACCUGUGAGGAAGGAUUUACCCUGACAGGACCAGCCACACUGCAGUGUGGGUCUUCUGGGGCCUGGGACAGGCAGCAGCCAUCCUGUGCAGCUGUGAGGUGUGAGGCUGUAACCUGGGCAGAAGAAGGCUUUGUGACCUGUGACCACGCUCCUGCAGAUCUCGCCUAUCGCUCGCGUUGCGAUUUCUACUGCAGCAAGGGCUAUGUUCUGGAUGGCCCAUCCAGCAUUGAGUGCACGGCACAGGGACGGUGGUCAGAGCCAGUGCCAAAAUGCAAAGUUGUACAGUGUGAACCACUGAGGUCUCCUGAGAAAGGCUCUAUGGAUUGCUCACAUGGUGCUGGGAACUUCACGUACAUCACAGCCUGCCACUUCAGCUGUCUAGAAGGAUGGAGGCUCAAUGGUUCUCAUGUUCUUGAGUGCAGUCAUUCAGGAAACUGGAGUGCCAGUCUGCCCACAUGUGAAGCUUCUGAACAAGUCAGCUAUGUCUCUGUGGGCAUAGCAGCCACAAGUGCCUCUCUGUUGUCCACAGCAUUGUUCCUCCUUUGGCUUGCAAGGCAUUUCCGAAGAAAAGCAAAGAAAUUUACUCCUUCCAGUAGCUGCCAGAGCCUAACCAUUGAAGGUAGCUUCCAAAGUGCUGGCCAGAAUGUCUGACUCCAGGUGUUUCAGGAAUUGAAGCCGUCUUUACUUACGUCUCAGAGAUUUCUGGAGAAUGAAACUGCACGCAAAUCAAC